ACACCGGAUGUGCUAGCUGCUAAUGCUAACUGACCCUGGAUCAGCCGCGAUGUUUGAAACUUUACCAUCUUUUAGACGAUUUUUUUUCUAUUUUAUCGACUUUAAUGAGGAUAUUAAACCGCCUCGGGGCUGAAGAUGUGUUCCAGUGUGCGUUCGGGGGACACUCUGUCUCCUGAGUCCACAGUGACGUCUCUUCUCUCCAGCUCGGGGCAUCUGACCAGCAACCUUCAACCGAGUCUCCACAACACCUCAUUCACCUACAAGAACAAGGAGUACGAGUCGGCGUCCGCUGCUCUUGACGCUUACAUCACAGACUUUGAACGCAGUCGCCAUGGAAACACACCAAAGGGGGCGGGGCUGGGACUGCCCCUCUGCUCCGCCCACAGGAGCACACUGAGCACGCUCAGAAACAGGGACGUGCUGCGGGAGCGUCUCUCGGAGCAGGAGCUGGACUUCCUCACUCUCCCCGUCAGCUCGCUCCGUCACCGUGACAACAGGGACCGCGUCUCCAUGACGACAGACGAGCUGCUCAGCCUCCCUAACGACGGCUCCAUGCCCAUCACGCACACCAGCGCCUUCCUGCAUGGUCUUGUGUCUAAGUCCAGACUCUCUCAGGUCCGGUCUCCUGUUAAAAACACCUGCAGCCACAGCCUCACCCACAGAGGCAGCAGCCAGCCAAUCAGAGCGCUCCACUGCUCCAGGUGUGGAGGAGGAUUACAGAGCGCGCUCACAACUCCCCUCAGCAGCACUUUAAAGCCUGGACCUGAAGCGCCCUCGUCUCGGUGGGCGGGACUUGCCUCUGCGCCUCGCCCCGAUUGGCCGAGCAGCAGAGACCAGGUCACGAUGCAUCUUCCUCAUUGGCUGAGCUCCAACAAAGCGGCGCUGGACUGUUCGGACAUCCACAGCCUCCCCGAUCUGCCCUACCCCCCCUGGAUACGCCACUGCGACGCCGGCCAAUCAGAGCGCAGCAGCAGCCUUCAGGACGGCCAAUCGGAGCGGGCGUACGGCCAGGGCCAGUCGCAGCCGGCGGAGAGCCAAGACUAUGGCUCCUUUGCUCCGUCCUGGGUCCAAGAACUACACGACGAUCAGGUGGACAGUGAGGAGGCGCUGAAGAGUCUCCGUCUGCACUUCGCUCAGCGCAUUUCACACACGAGCCCUGACUCCACCCACUACAGAGACCGGAGACUCGAGUCCCUGAUCCAGAAGGCAGACCAGGUCCUGGACUCUCUUCAGAACUCAGCCACAGGAAGUCCAGUCCCUCCAGUGAGUCCAGAACCGAGACAGAACCUGGAACCAGAACCAGAACUAGAACCUGAACCAGAACCUGGGACCCGGAACAACCAGAGUCCAGAGGAGGAUGAGGAGGAACCUUCACUGCAGAGAGCUCUGCAUCACCUGAGCCGCCUGAAGCUGCUCGUGGAGAAACCUGAAGAACCCCGCGGCCUCCAGAACCUCCAGAACAUCCAGAACCUCCAGAACAUCCAGAACCUCCAGAAACACCAGAAACACCUGAGAGAAGAAGAGGAGGAGGAGGAGGAGAGAGACGAGGGGCGCUUCUCCUCCUGCUCCAGCCACGACCAGCAGAAGGCGCUGGGAGGACGACCGUAGAUCAUAAACGGACACGCCUGACCCGCUCCACACGACCCAAAUCCAGACCUGAACACGAAGAACCGACCAACCAGACGCCUUCAGUCCUGUGGUCGCCCCAGAGGAGACCUGAGGAACCUGAGGAACCUGACUCAGAGAAAACUUUUAUUUGGACUAAACGAGAGAAGGACUUGUUUUCUCCGAGCUUUUCCAGGAUCAGACACUAAAAUAUUGAACCUUUAACCUGUGAAGAGAUUUUAGAAUUAUAAAAGUGAAACGUUCCAGAAGGAGCAGAACGAAAUCAACUAAAAACACUUACACACGUUUCUGUUUAUUGUCAACUGAACGGAGCACUUCUGCUAAUCAAGAAGCUCAGAACCGACGCUUAAAUGACGUUUCACAGAAGCAAGAAAGAACAAAAUGAGAGAAAUGCUCCUUAGAUCUGCAGAUUUACUCCAUGUCGUUCAUAUUUGAAAUUAAACUUACAUCUUGAUCUUUAUAAUCUGUUACCUGUAGUUGUUUUUGCUUCUUUUCUGUUUAUCCAGAUCAUUUCUGUUUUUCACACUUCUGCUCACACAGGAAAUAAAAAAUACUUGAAUAUAAAAUAAAA